AUGGCAGGAGAUCAGGCGCAGUUUUAUAAUUUAUUAAUUACAUUAUUAUCGGCAGAUAAUGACGUCCGAACACAAGCAGAAGAAGCCUACAAUAAUAUUGCAACAGAAACAAAGGUACUCCACUUAGUUGGAGCAAUCCAAAAUGCAGAUCUCGUUGAUGAAGGACGCCAAACAGCUGCGGUGCUAUUACGAAGACUACUCAGUGCUGAAUUCUUUGAAUUUUUUCCAAAAUUACCAUUUGAGCAACAAGCAAUGCUCAGGGAACAGUUACUUCUUACACUACAAAUGGAUGUCAGUCAACAAUUAAGGCGCAAGAUAUGUGAUGUUGUAUCAGAAUUAGCUAGAAAUCAUAUUGAUGAUGACGGUGUUAACCAGUGGCCUGAAUUCCUUCAAUUCAUGUUUAAUUGUGCUAAUGCUCAGGAUUCCAACAUUAAGGAAGCAGCAAUCAGAAUGUUUACAUCAGUACCAGGUGUGUUUGGUAACAGACAAAAUGAGAAUCUUGAUGUUAUAAAGAGGAUGCUCCUCACAGCACUGCAGCCGACAGAAUCUGAAGCCUUGCAAAUGCAAGCUGUUAAAGCUGUUGGUGCAUUUAUUUUAUUACAUGACAAAGAACCAGCAAUUCAAAAGCACUUUAGUGAUCUAUUGCUGCCGUUUAUGGAGGUUGUUGUAAAAUCAAUUGAGAAGGCGGAAGAUGAUGCUGCACUAAAGGUUCUUAUUGAGCUCGCAGAAUCUACACCUAAAUUUCUUAGACCGCAGGUGGUGACUAUCUUCCAAGUCUGCAUCAAGGUGGUUGGUGACACAAAUGCUGAAGAAAAUUGGCGUCAACUAGCAUUGGAAACGCUAGUGACGCUGUGUGAAACUGCACCAGCCAUGGUCCGUAAGAUGGUGCCGAACGCAAUAGGCGCACUGACUCCCCUUAUACUCGAAAUGAUGUGUGAAUUAGACGACGAGCCCGACUGGGCUGUGCAAGACGACGUUGCCGACGACGACAAUGAACAAAACAAUGUAGCUGCUGAAUCUGCUUUGGACCGCAUGUGCUGUGGUCUAGGAGGCAAGAUAAUGAUUUCCCUAAUUGUGGGGCGGGUCCCUGAGAUGUUUAAUUCGGAAGAUUGGAAAAGACGUCACGCCGCUCUUAUGGCUGUAUCAUCAGCUGGUGAAGGCUGUCAUAAACAAAUGGAACUAAUGCUCGACCAAAUUGUACCUGCAAUCCUAAAUUAUUUAGCUGAUUCUCACCCGCGUGUGCGUUACGCAGCUUGUAACGCUGUUGGACAAAUGUCAACCGACUUUGCACCAGUUUUUCAAAAGAAAUUCCAUGACAAGGUUGUACCAGGACUCCUAAUGGUGCUUGAUGAUAAUGCAAAUCCUCGUGUACAGGCACAUGCAGCCGCAGCUCUUGUAAACUUUAGUGAAGAUUGCCCUAAACCAAUUCUCACUCAAUAUCUUAGUCCGUUAAUGGAUAAACUGGAAGCUAUUCUAAAUGCGAAAUUCAAAGAAUUGGUAGAGAAAGGAACAAAAUUGGUACUGGAACAAAUAGUGACUACUAUAGCUUCUGUCGCAGACACAGUUGAAAAAGAUUUUGUGCUAUACUACGACCGCUUCAUGCCAUGUCUCAAGUACAUAAUUGCCAACGCCAAUACUGAGGAACUGAAGCUUUUGAGAGGCAAAACUAUUGAGUGUGUCAGUCUCAUUGGUCUGGCUGUGGGAGAACAAAAGUUCUUGUCAGAUGCGUCUGAAGUUAUGGACUUGUUGCUGAAGACUCACACCGAAGGCGAAGCAUUGCCUGCCGAUGAUCCGCAAACUUCAUAUCUGAUCUCGGCUUGGUCUCGCAUUUGCAAAAUCAUGGGCAAAAAAUUCGCUCAAUACUUGCCUAUGGUGAUGGAGCCAGUGAUGCGCACUGCAGCCAUGAAGCCUGAGGUAGCUCUUCUGGAUAAUGAGGACCUUGAAAAUGUUGAUGGAGAUUUAGACUGGCACUUUGUUACACUUGGAGAGCAACAGAAUUUUGGCAUUAAAACUGCUGGACUUGAAGACAAAGCGUCGGCCUGCGAUAUGCUCGUUUGUUAUGCACGAGAACUUAAAGAGGCAUUCGCUGAAUACGCGGAAGACGUUGUCAAGCUAAUGGUUCCAUUGCUUAAGUUUUACUUCCACGACAACGUGCGUAUGUCUGCCGCUGAGUCGUUGCCGUUCCUACUCGAAUGCGCGAGAAUCCGGGGCCCACAGUACAUCCAGGGCAUGUGGGCUUAUAUCCUGCCAGAGCUGCUGAAGGCCAUCGAUUCUGAGCCCGAACAAGAAGUCCAGGUUGAAUUGCUCAACAGUCUUGCAAAGUGUAUAGAGCUCUUGGGCACCGGAUGCUUGUCUGACGAGACGAUGGCUGAAGUUCUCCGCAUCCUAAACAAACUGCUCACUGAACAUUUCGAGCGCGCAACCGAACGACGUCAAAAACGUGCCGAUGAAGAUUAUGACGAGGUGGUCGAAGAACAGUUAGCAGAUGAGGACAACGAAGAUGUAUACGGGCUCUCCCGCGUGGCGGACGUCCUUCACUCAAUGAUGUCGGCGUACCGCGAAGCGUUCUUCCCGCAUCUCGACACCCUCCUACCGCAUCUUAUCCAGCUUCUGAGUCCCGGGCGCCCAUAUGCUGACAGGCAAUGGGCUAUUUGCAUCUUUGAUGAUGUUAUCGAGUUUGGAGGUCCAGCAUGUGUUAAAUACCAAGACAUCUUCCUCGAGCCCAUGCUGAAUGGGCUUCGCGAGCGAGAACCUGAAGUGAAACAAGCGUCGGCGUACGGAUGUGGUGUGUUGGCUCAGUUCGGUGGCGCACAAUUUGCGCCAGCUUGCGCUAGAGCUGUGCCACUCCUCGCCGCCCUUAUUGCAGAACCUGACUCCCGCUCUGUCGAAAACGUAAACGCUACCGAGAAUGCAAUUUCCGCCGUCGCUAAAAUAAUCAAGUAUAAUCAUUCACAAAUCAAUAGAGACGAAAUCAUAAGGCACUGGUUGACUUGGCUCCCAGUGGUGGAGGACAUAGACGAAGCACCACACGUAUACUCGCUGCUCUGCGAGCUAGCAAGUAGUGGGCACGCGGCGCUGGCGACACCUGACGCGCCGCAACGAGUUAUUGCAGUUAUAGCCGAAGCAUUUCUGAAGGACGCCGUUCCUAAUGAGAACCCUGUUUUCGCCCAGAUGACCGCCUUAGUCCGCCAAAUACAAAGUAAUGCGGAAUUGUUCACCUCUUGUUUGAUGCAGCUGAGUAGUGACCAUAAAGAAGCUUUGCAGCUGGCCUUGUCUACAUAG